ACACGCACCGACUAGAAACUGAAAGUUACAGUGAACACAACGACGCGGAAAUGCACUAAAGUAGUUGGCCGGUGAUAUAAUGUUAGAGUUUAUAAACUAUUUUGUCCGGGAAUACGAUCUUAGAGUUUAUAGAUUCCUUUGUCCGUGUUGGUAAUUUGCUGUGAAACGUUUAUUUCUAAAGCGUCCGUGUGUUCAUAAACACACCAUGUUAUGCUAAGUCUUGAUGUUAGCAACGGUAGCCGUUACCUUAAAGUAGCGUUAGCAUGGUUGCUUCAUCUUUUGGAUGUAAAGUUAUUACGAUAAAUAGGAUUCAGUCUACGUAAAAUAAUUCACCAGCUGCGGUGUGAGAGUCUGCUACCAGCAGAGACAUGGAUCUGGACACCGAAGUUGAAAGGAUCUUUAGGCUGGAGGAAGAUGAUGAUGAUGAGGAGGAGGAGAAGAAGUGUAAGAGGCCACCCUCCAGCUAUGGCUCAAUGAAGAGUGACAGUGAUGAGAUGGAGGAGGAGGAGGAAGAGGAGCAGGGAAAAGGAGCAGAGGUUGUUGAGGCCUUCACUGCCCCAUUUCCUGUGGCCCUACCUGAAUCGACUACUGAGGAGGCGACCGGGUUGCAGAUGGUUCGCUCAGAGUCUCCAGAGACCCUCUACACCAUGACCACACAGCAGACCAAACCACCGGGAGCUCUUGUCAUUGACACCAGGUCUUCAGAUCUGGGGGAUUUUUCGGACAACGAUGAGGAAGAUGCAGAUGAAGUUUUGGUAGCUGAUUCCCCAGAACCACCUGAGCCUGUUGAACCAGAUGAUGCAGUGCAGACUGAUGAGAAUAGCCAGCCAGGCAGACUACACCCAGAGCAGGACCUGCCCCAUAUUUUCAAGAGUAUGCAGAGUGUUUUAACACGCCUGACCAGAGAAGAGCUCUUCAAAUUUAAGAUGUGGUAUUAUCAACGGGAAACAGGCAUAACCCUGCAACAGGUGAUGGAGGGAGACAUUCUUGAUUUUGUGGAUAAGACCCUGGAGGUACUUGGUCAGGACCGGUCUCUGUUGCACACAAUAACCACCCUAGAAAAUAUCAACAAGAAAGCAGAGGCAGCCGAACUAAAGGAUAUGUGCAGUAGAGUGUUGAUCCGUUUUCACCUGAUGCAGGAAUUGAUCAGAAAAUACGAAGUCAUCCGUGAGGGGGUCGUUCAAGCCGGAAAGCAGAGUCUUCUAAAUACCAUCUACGUUGAGCCCCAGAUUUCCACCUGUGGUUGUGGAGGCGUUUACCCCUCCCAUGAGUACCGACCCCACCCUCCUACACCUCUCCAGGUUCCCAGUGCCGACACCUUUGUGAGUUUGAACAAUCUGUUCCGACUACAGACGAGUGAUGGCAAGCUGGUGAGGACAGUUGUGACCACUGGGAUUCCAGGAAUUGGCAUGUCUGUCUCUGUGGCAAAAUUCUGCGUGGAUUGGGCAAGAUAUCGCGCCAAUAAGGAUCUGCACUUCAUCAUCAAAGUCUCAUGCCGAUGUUUCUGGUACCUGCGAAGCUAUGGCGCUCUUUCAGAGAAGAUGUCCAUCAUGGACGUGAUAGAAUACUAUUACCCUGAGUGCAAAGACAUGAAAUACCUGGAGCAAGAGGACUGUAGAUUUCUAUUCAUACUGGACUCAAUGGAUUGUUACCAAGCUCCUCUGGACUGGGAGAAUGCCCCAGUAAUAAAUGACAAUUACACCAAAGCACAUCCCGACGUCCUGAUUGUAAAUAUCAUCCGAGGCACUGUGCUUCGUGGUGCCCGCGUCUGGAUCCUGGGGAGACGGGGGGCUGUCUCACAAAUACCAUCUCAAUUUGUUGACAUCGUCACAGAAGUGCAGGGCUUUAGUGAUGAGAUGAAGGAUCAAUUCCUGACCAAGCGCUAUAGCGAUGCAGCGCUGGCAGCGAAAAUCGUGGCCCAUUACAAGCGACUACCGACACUCCAUAUGCUUGCCCGACAACCCUUUGUCUGCUGGAUGUUGGCCACAGUUUUCGAGCGCUGCUUCCGUUAUCAGGCCUAUGGGGAGCACCCCCCCAGGCUGACGCCCUUCUACGUCAGCAUUAUGAUCAUCCAGACCAAUCGCAGGCUGGGGUUCUACUAUGGCAAGCAGGAUCAUGACCUGAAAUGGUCCGGUGAUGAGAGACACCUGCUGACAAAGAUGGGGAAGAUGGCCUUUAAAAUGCUGGAGAGGAAUACCAGCGUGUUCUUUGAAGAGGACGUGAAGGAAUACGGUCUGAAAUUGACUGAGGUGACGGUGUUCUCAGGCAUGUGCACUGAGCUCCCUGCUGCUGCCUCGGACGAAAAGAGGAAGUUCUGCUUUAUACACUUCACCUUUCAGGAGUUCAUGGCCGCUCUGUACGUCUUCACGAUGUUUCGCACAGAGUCCAAGAACGUUCUGGACUCUGCACUGGUGCACAAGCCCAAGAUCUUCACACCCAAGGAUCAGACCAAGUCAGCAGCAGGCCUGGUCCAGUGUGCCGUGGCACGAACCCUCGGCUCCCCGCUGGGCCACUAUGACAUGUUCCUGCGCUUUCUGUGCGGCAUGCUUUCCCGGGACUGCCACGACAAUCAGCUCCGUGGGCUACUCUACAGCCACAGCACACCCAAGGUGGCCGGUCUGGAUGACGUGCAGCGCCUGCUGGAGCAGACGAUACAGACUGCUAAAGAAGACCGUGUGGAAAACUUGAAGGAGUGCCUCAGAGAAAUGACCCAGGAAGAUGAGUGAGUCUGGGAUAGAUUGCUUCAGAUAAAUCAGUGACUUUAUAUGGACAUGAUUGGUCAAAGAGAAGUACAGUCUGCUCUGUUAUAUUUGGUCAUAGAAAUCAUGAGUGAUCACAGUGUGUGUGAUGUUUAUUUAUAUUGUUAAUCAUAUCACUUUUAUUACUAGUCUUUCCAUGAUGAUUUAAUUUCAUUUAAUUGAAAAAAAAAAUCUCUCAUUUAGCAGUUAUUACCACACAUUUCUUCUCUUCCAUUAUCCCUCUGGCUACUCUCUACUCAUGAAACAGGAUUGAGGAAAGUGGGUACAGACUGAUAACUUUGUAAAAAAAAAAAAGAAAAAAGAAAAUACCAACUGGUUUUCUACUUGUGCUAUGUGUCACUGUUUUUUCUCAAUAAAACGUUUUCGGAAAAAUAAAGUAAUGUUACUGUCAUAUCAGUAAAGUUAAAAUGUUUUCUAGGAAUUCAAGUACAGUUCAUGCAAUACUACAUCAUGAUUAUCCACCUUACAAUGAGCACUAAUGAAAAUAUUUUUUACAAUGGAUACUUCUUCAUCCAUUAGUAAUUUUUGAUUCAGAUAUGUUGAGACUUCAAUACUUGUGACAAAAGAAGAAUUGAACCAUUGAGAGAUUUGUGAAAUGUGAGAAGUGAGAGGAAUCUGACUUUGUUGAUUGACAGUAAACCUCAUGAAUGAGGUCAUGACAUCACCUGAGUGCAAACACACCAACUUGAGCACAGAUGGUGAAGGCAUACACCAUCAUUUUUAGCUCCUAACUAGGGUAACAACAAAAUAUGAUUAACAAUGAUUAUGUGUUUCUUGAUUCUGAUUAUACACUGAUUAUUGAUACAUUCAGUUGAGUAAAAUAUGAGUAAAUAUUUCCCACAGAAAGCAAAUCAGUCAGUUAUUAGAAAGUCAGUACAAGUGCAAUGAACAGUGAAUGCAAAAAUCAGUAGUCCACAACACCAAUAUUCAUUCAAACAUAAUAUCAAGAAGAAUAGUGGAGUGACUCUUGUAGUUUCCAGAGCCCCAUGCAGUCGUCAUGAUGGAUCUACAGGACAUGAACGAGACAGAACAUACAGUGAGAAGAAC